AUGUCGGGCGAAGUGCCUGCUGAAGUGCAGCAGGAGAUGGAGGAGCUGUGUAAUACUGUACCUAGGCUGACAGAGGACUACGAAUUGAUAGAUAAGAUUGGCGAAGGAACGUUCUCGUCGGUGUACAAGGCGCGGGACAUCAAAGGGCGGGUGGUGCGACGGUACCGGGAGCACUUCUGGAGGAUGGGGGGCGAAGAAGGCCCGUAUGUGGCGCUGAAGCGGAUAUACGUGACUUCAUCGCCGCAGCGGAUAUACAACGAGCUGAACCUGCUGUACAUGCUCAGCGGGAACCAUAGCGUGGCGCCGCUGUGCGAUGCGCUGCGGCACAAGGACCAGAUCAUUGCGGUGCUGCCGUGGUACCCGCACGAGGAGUUCCGCAACUUCUACCGGGACCUGCCGAUCAAGGGCGUGAAGAAGUGUGUGUUCGAGCUGCUCAAGGCGCUGAAAUUCGUGCACGAGCAGGGUGUGAUCCACCGGGACGUGAAGCCGACGAACUUCCUUUACAACCCGAUCCUGGGCAAGGGCGUGCUGGUGGACUUCGGGCUGGCUGAGCUGGAGCCGGAGCGGCUCGACGACACCGGCCUGCAGCACGAGCAGGACCUGCGCGCGUGGGAGUCGUACUGCCCAUGCGGGUCUACGAGGGGGCUGCCGCAGAGCGCGAACCUCAUCACGAUACAGAAUGGCAAGGUGCUGUACAAUGGCAAGUGCCAGAACCCCGUGACAGGCGCGGUCGCCAGCAGCAUCCUGGACCUCACAAAGGGGUACCCGAAGAACGAGACACGUCGCAGCAAGCGCGCGAACCGCGCAGGCACGCGAGGGUUCCGCGCGCCGGAGGUGUUGAUGAAGUGCUCGCAGCAGACGACGAAGAUAGAUAUCUGGUCUGUAGGAGUAAUUCUUCUAUCGUUCCUGGCGCGGCGCUUCCCCAUGUUCCAGAGUCUCGAUGACACGGACUCGCUGCUCGAGAUGUGCUGCAUUUUCGGAACCAAGGCCAUGAAGAAGACCGCACAGCUGCACGGUCUCGGACUGGAGAUUCAGGGGCUCCAGGGAAUCACCGAGGAUGGUAUACCCGAUGGCUUGAAGGGCUAUGUCCGACAGCUGCUCGAGGCAGAGUGCAAAAUUGCUACCUUUCCGCACUAUAGUGUUGCUUUUGAGACCCUUGAUUUCCUGAGUAAGAUGGAUCGGCAAGUGACCCCAAGCCUCGGGAGUGGAGGAAGCAGUGCUGGCGCUCUGUCGGGUGACGAAAACAAUGGCCACGACUAUGAUGCCACAAAUAUUGAAAAAGAGAGGACUCUUCGGGAAUAUUGUGAGCGUGUGUGGGACGACCACUUUUGGUGCUUCGAUGUGCUUGAGAGAUGUUUUGAGAUGGAUCCCCGCAAGCGCAGCAGUGCGGAGGAGUUACUACAGCAUCUACUCUUUAGCGAGCUAACGGAACAUCACGAGCCUGAUGCCGAGGUUCAGGACGAAGUCAUCACCCUAGAGUCGCAACCAGAGUUGAAAUUGCACCGCUGA